AAUUGGAGGUGCCUUCUAAAUGACUCGUACCUCAUACCCGCAGUAAUAGAUGAAUUUUGAAGUAUUUUUUAAAAAACGUUAAAGGACAAGAACACCAUCGUUUUGAUUUUAUUAAGUACAUAAUUUAAAUAUCUCGAGGAAUAAAAUCUUAAAGGAAAAGGGAUUUGUACUUCAAUAUGGCGAACCACGACAAAGGACGCAGGAAGUGGGGAGGAAUUUCACAAGAUAACGAAGACUACAGAUCAGAGAAGGAAAGAUAUACAGGAAUGCGUGGAGGAGGAGGAGGAGGAGGAGGAGUAGGGGGAGGAGGAGGAGGAGGAAACAGAGCACCACCUCAGGCUCUUUACAGACCUGGAGGUGGAUUAUUACGAAAAGUAGGUCCAGGUCGAGGAGAGGAAUUCGAGAAUGAGAAUCACUCGCAGGAUAGGUCAAAACCGGGCUCGAUUCAAUACCGAUUGCGAAAUGCUCAGUUUUCGGGCUCGAAUCAAGGGAAAAACCAAUCGGCGUCCCUUCAAAUGGAUGAGGUCUCUUCGAAAUUAAAUGCUUUGCAUCUCAACUACAAAAAUAACAGCAAUCAAAUUCAAGGGCCUUCGAAAGGCAAUCAUUUUGGCGGCGAUCCGAGAAAAAGGAACAAGAAACCGGAACAGCCACUCUACAUGCCGAAAAAGGUGAAGGAGGCGCUCGCAGAAAGAGACGUGUCGAACAGAUCGCCUGUUUAUCAGAAUUGGGAAAAAGAAAGAGAAAGGGAUGAUCACAGGGAUUGGGAUGUUCGAUCCAAUCGUAGUUAUCAGGGUGAACCUCCUCGGAGACCAGGGGGUGGAAAUCAUGUCGAAUCUGGCAAUCGGAGAGACGAGCACAACAAAAGGUACUCGGGAAAUCGUCGAAAUCGAAAUCCUAAUGAAAACGAUGAUCGCUGGAGACCCGAUUCGCCACCAGGGAAAAAUUAUGGAAAUCGGAGGGAUCAUUCUCGUGAAGUUCGACAGGGUUCCGAGCCUUUAUACAUACCGUCAAAUAACAAAUACGACUCGAAUCGAACCCGAGACACGAGAAGUGUAGAGCCUGGUUACCCGGACAGAUUUCAGGGGAAACCUCCUUCCGGUAGACACGGUAUAAAGGAAGGCAAUACUAUUCCAAAAAACAUAAAAUUGGAAUCCUUACCACCUCGAUUUCGGAAAAAAUUUCUGGCAGAAAAUGGAUUUUUACCACCGCCUUCGAAUAGUCAUUCUGAAGACGGUUGGGACGGUAGCACUGUCACAUUUCAGGGUUCGUCUCGGUACCAUCCUCCUUCAAUUCAACACUCGCACACAAUUCAAAAUUUCCCACCGACUGUUUCACUGCCUCCUCAGACCAAUUGGUCAAAUACAGUGCCGGUUCGAGGCCGAGGAAGAGGAAGACUGAGAUCUGAGGAUUUAGAAAAUUCGGCUGCUUUUAGGCCAGUCACACCGGAUCAGUAUUCGGCACAAAGUUCCCGAUCGCACACGCCCAGCCAGGAUUAUGCUAAUCGAUCUUACGAUCGGCGAGGCAGUAACAGUACACUCUACACUAGUAUGGAGAGUUUAAGUCGAAUGGACAGUCUUGCAAUGCCGCCACCUCGUGCACCUUCACCUCUUUUAAAUAGAAACACAUGUCCAUCUCCAGAGAGUCCCUGGGCCUCUCAUAAAACGCAAAGAACUAAUCAGGGCAAUGCACAUUCUCAUAAAAUGAAUCAGGUUUCUAAUCCUAGUCCACCGAAAAGUGACAUUUUCAAUUCAGUGUCUGACAAAACGGAACAAAUUUUGGACUGGGGAGAAGAAGUUGAAUUGAAUGAGAGACUCGAGGCGGAACAACUGAGUCGCAGUUCUUCUGUUCUAAGUUUACGAGAAAAUACGAACACUUCUGAUAAUCCGCCACUCGCAGGAGGAAGUAACGGCCGAAGUCGAAACAUUAAAAGAAAGAAAAAUCGGAAACGAGGCGGUGAUCGGAGCGGCACGCGAGAUAAUUUGCAAGAGACUAGUCGUGAACGGCAGAAUAAUCAGCAAAACAGAGAAAAUGAUAGCUAUAACAAUAAUCAGAAGAACAACGCUAGUAACAGCAAUAGAAGAUUUGAUAAUAGAAGACGUAGUACAAUUCAGCGCAGUCGAGAAUCGAGUAAGGAGAGAAGUCACCGAAGUCGUAAUCGUGACGAUUUUUAUAGAAAUAGAAUAUUAGAUCAACCCCCGGAUGAAAAUUGGAGAUCGGGUCGAAGAGCUUCAGUCUGUGAUUCCGAUGAUGGCCGAAGAACGCCUAAUUUAUCGUCACAUUCCACCAGUUCUCUGGCGACAAAUUCAUUGGCUCCUCGAGCCUCUCCUCCAGCUUACAGCAAUGCCCAGCCACCGGGAGUUCUUGUUCUGCCGGACACAAAUACUUUUCAGCCGGGAAGUACACCGCCCAGACAACAAUCUCAUCAGCAGCAGAGAACACUUUUCGAUCCGAACAAUCCGAAUAGGCCGAUCAUUGUCGUUUCACCAGGAAGUCGAGCAGCCCCGAAAGUCAGGGAAGUGGAGGGGGCAGCUCAGUCAAAUAUUCCCGUAUUUCAACCUCAUCCGGGAAGAGUUACGAGCUACGAAGGUUUCCAGGUGGCACAAGCUGAUGGGACACCAACGCCUCAUUUCAAUGAACAGUUUGGAAAUGCUCGACCCUCCUGGUACGAUCCUUAUUCCGAAAGUUUCCGGUCAGCGAAACACCAUCUCCUACUGUUGGACAUUGAGCGUGCAGAUCUCGAACUUCAGUGGAUUUUAAGUUCCGGUGGCUUGACAACUCACUGGGAACGUGUCUCCUACAUUCGUCACUUUCUUCAGGAAAGUUUGCAAAAUUUACUCGAGACGGACAUCAAGUUCUGCCAGUCGGAGAACAUUGAGCAGCACUUUUGGAAAAUUUUGUUUUACAAUAUGAUUGAAUUGUUGCGAAAGAGUAUGCCGAAGGACAAUGCGGAAAGUCGUGAGCAGUGCAAAAAAAUCAUGCUGAGCAUUAUUGACGAGGGGACGGCCUUUUUGGAAAGUUUGCUCAACACCUUGGAGAGGGUCUACAAUUUCAAGAUAGAUGUCUAUCUCACGUCCUCGAUGCCACCGAAAGGUUUGGGUCUUUUGGGUCUGGCUCUGAUCAGCGUUCAGAAAAUAUUUCUCUUUCUGGGCGAUCUUGCGAGAUACAAGGAGCAGACAAAUGAGACGACCAAUUACGGAAAAUCGAGACAUUGGUACCUGAAAGCACAACAAAUCAAUCCGAAAAACGGAAGGCCUUACAACCAACUUGCCCUGUUGGCACAUUACGCUAGGAGGAAACUUGACGCUGUUUAUUACUAUAUGCGGUCCUUGAUGGCAUCGAAUCCUUUCCACUCAGCGAGGGAGAGUUUAAUCGCCUUGUUCGAUGAAAAUCGGAAAAAGUAUCUUCAUUAUUACGAGUCGACGGAACGUAAGAGGAAGGAAGAAAGGGAAUGGAAAGAAAGGGCGAGAAUGAAGGAGAAGGAAGGUUCUUCGAAUAUUGGUGGAAGUUUGAGACGGGAAACUUGGAUUCAUCCGGGAGGAAAGCGUGUGCGACGAACCACGGCUGCCUCGGUGGGAAUUGAAGAGAGAUUGGUGGAAAGUGAUUUGGAGGAUUUAGCGCAAUUGACGAGCGUCGAGGUGAACAAGCGAUUUAUUACGUCAUAUCUGCACGUUCACGGAAAGCUGAUAACUAAAAUAGGAAUGGAAACUUUUCAAGAAGCGGGGAUUCAAAUGCUGCGCGAAUUUCGAGCUCUGCUGCAACACUCGCCUCUUCCACUUCCGGGAACUAGACUUCUUCAGUUGCUUGCAUUGAAUAUGUUCGCGAUCGAAACCACGCAGCUCAAGGAUGCCCAGAUGGAACAAGGUUACAGAUCUGAAGUUCAGGAGAGGGCACUAGUCGUUUCUCUACAAAUGUUUAGUCUUAUUUUGGAACGUGGAGUAUCACUACUUAAAUCUCAACUGGACGGCGAUGAGCUUCCAAAACUGGUGGUUGGUGAGGAUAUGCAGGUUCUUCUCCCAGCUAUCAAGAUCUGGUGCGAUUGGAUGCUUUGUCACAGCACAGUUUGGAAUCCACCACCAUCUUGUGCGGACUACAGAGUUGGGCCUCCUGGAGAUGCUUGGAGCAGAUUGGCAACUUUGGUGAAUCUCCUAGAAAAAUUGCCUUGUCCCAAAGAUAUGCUGAUUUCGUUGAAGGAUUCACAAGAUCGCAUGGAUGAUCUUGAACUCGUAAAGCUACCUGAAGACACAACCCUUUCGGGAUUUACGCCUCUGAUGUCGAAUCCUCAAGAUCCGUUUUUCACCGAGAAGACGAAAGAUAUGGAAGUGGUGCAAGUUUUUCUGAGGAUACAAAAAAUUCUCUUCUUCGGUCAAGUAUUUCUCUGCGGCCUUGAGACGCCGGUACUAAAGUUACAGAAAAGUGAAACUGGUAUCAGCGAAUACGUUUCAGUAGUCGAGGCAUACAGUGCGAGUUCUCCAAGUUCUCCACCCGGACAGAGCGACUCGGAAUUAUAUAUAGAGAGCUACAGCGAGGAUGAUGAGGAAUCACCUGUGACCUUGAAAAGAUUGUCCUCGUCCGGGGAAGCCCCGAGCGAGACAGUGACAUCACAGGCACCUGUGAGUGAGAUCAGAUCGUUGAUCGAGAGAAAGGAGGAGCUGGAGAGGCGUCAGAAGAAACAGGAUCGUCAUCGACAGCGAGUACAGUCCAUCUUGCAGAAAUCCUCAGUCUCUGUAGAGAUCGAAGUCAGACCGAGACAACUGGUCCCAGACACGAAUUGCUUCAUCGAUUAUUUGCCUCAACUACAGAGCAUCGCCAAGGCUGUUUCCGGUGCUCAGCCAAUUUACACGCUGAUGGUUCCACUCGUCGUUCUAAAUGAAUUGGAAGGUCUUGCCAGAGGAGCAGAAACUCGAGAUUCUCCACCUGCAUUCCGGGCGACCUUAAAUCCUGAACACGUUGCCAGAGUAGCUGAAAAUGCAAAAGCUGCACUGGCUUUUGCAAGAAGUCGAAAUCCAGCUAUUCGAUGUUUGACCACUCGAGGCACAGUUUUGACAUCGAGUACUUUUACUGUUGAAGAGGAUGUUACUCAGGAUGGCUCAACCAGGAACGAUGACAGAAUCCUAGCAACCUGUCUGAGUCUCUGUAGAUCUACAAAGGAUCAAAUAACUUCAGAAGAGGGACAACCGAGACGAUUGAGGAGGGACGUGGUUCUGCUCACCGAGGACAGAAAUUUGAGGGUAAAGGCCCUAGCUAGGGACGUACCGGUAAGGGAAGUGCCAGAUUUUGUACAAUGGGCCGGGCUCGGUUGAAUCUGAAUACUAUGAAUCAAUCUUUAUCUAUACAAGCACAUCUUGUCGCUCGCCACGUUCGAUUGGAGAACCGAAUGAACGGAUUUUAUCUUCCGGCGAUGACAAAUCGACAAAAUGUCUUUUCCCGCGAAAGUCAACAAGUGAUCAGGUCGAUUGUAGAUCGGCAAAGAAGGUCCGAAAUUAAAAGGUAACACAAGCGAUUGAAGAUCGAUUCGCAGCCCAUCUUUCUCUCAGCUUAUCCUUCAUAAUUUACUUAUGGAGUGUUCCAAAGGAGGAUAAGAUGUGAGAAAAAUUGUUGGGUCGGAGGAAACAAACAAAAACAAACAAAAAAAUAGUAAAACUCGAGUCAAGUUUGUACAGAGGACGUUCAGAAGGUGUUUGAUAGAGUAGAUCGAAUUUUAUGCAACAAGAUUCCUUUUAUGGUUGAGACCAUCUAUUGUGGUCGCAUUAUUGUAUAGUCUUUAAUCGUGUUUAUAAUGAUACUUUUGUAAUAUUUUUUGAGAUAGUAUAUCGCAAUCGCUUAUUAAAAGUGAUAGAACACAAUUCUUUCUUCCUUUGGAAGCUGAAGAUGUGGAUCGUUAGUUGUUUUAAAUUCUUGUAUAUCUAUUAGAAUAUUGUAAUGUGUAAGAGAAGCGAGCGACUUUAGCGAAGAUCACUGAUUGUGAGUAGAAUCGAUAGGAAUUUUCUUUUCUAGCCUUAAUUAUAGUUUUUAGUCUAUCCUUUUUUAAUUGCACUUUAGCGACACUUUUUUUAAUAAAAGUCUUAUCAUGAUUUC